GAAAGGAAAACCAUCUUGCAAAGUAAGUGUCAGCUUCACAGAUACCAUAUCUGCGGUAAGGAUGUCAACCGCGACACAUGCUCGUAGCAGGCGUAGUAAAUUUCAGCCACACCUGUCUGUUGCAAAGCUGUCUACUGCGCCACAUGCUAGUUGUAAACUUCAGCUUUACAAAUGCCACACUUUUUAGACGUCUUCAGCCAGGCAACACAUACUAGUAGGAAAUGUCAGCUUUACAGAUGCCACACCAGUGUGACAUCUCUUGGAGUCAGAGUCCGCUGAUGAGCUUCGGGGCAAGUUUUGUGAGCUUCCUGAAUGCCAUGAUGACAUUCGAGGAGGAGAAGAUGCAGACGGCGUGCGACGACCUGAAGACCACCGAGAAGCUUUGUGAGAGUGACAGCGUCGGCGUGCUGGAGACCAUCAGGAAUAAGAUCAAGAAGAGCGUCAGUAUGGACUCCCAGAGGUCUGGUGUGGUGGUGGUGGACCGCCUGCAGAGACAGAUCAUUGUGGCUGACUGUCAGGUUUACUUGGCUGUGCUCUCCUUUGUCAAGCAGGAACUCUCAGCGUACAUCAAAGGUGGCUGGAUCCUCCGCAAGGCGUGGAAGAUGUAUAACAAAUGUCACAGUGACAUCAGCCAGCUGCAGGCCGCCUGCCAGCAGACCACCACAGAGACCACCACCCCCGACAACGCCAACCACAAUGAAGCGGAGAGCGGCGUAACGUCCGAGGCCUUGGACCGCCUGAAGGGCUCGGUGAGCUUCGGUUAUGGCCUGUUCCACCUGUGCAUCUCCAUGGUGCCCCCGCACCUCCUCAAAAUUAUCAACCUCCUGGGCUUCCCCGGAGACCGCCUCCAAGGCCUUGCUGCCCUCGCCUAUGCCAGCGAGAGCAAGGACAUGAAGGCACCCCUAGCUACGUUGGCUCUCCUGUGGUACCACACAGUCGUGCUGCCAUUCUUCGCGCUAGACGGGUGUGAUUCUCACGCCGGCCUGACGGAGGCCAAAGAGAUCCUGCACAGGAAGUCACUGGUCUACCCAAACUCCUCCCUCUUCAUCUUCUUCAAGGGGCGCAUCCACAGGCUGGAGUGUCACAUCAACAGCGCUCUGGCCUGCUUCAACGAUGCACUGGAACUGGCUUCCGACCAAAGAGAGAUCCAGCAUGUGUGUCUGUACGAGAUCGGCUGGUGCAGCAUGAUCGAGAUGAACUUCGAAGACGCUCACCAGUCCUUCGAGAGGCUGAAGAACGAAUCAAGAUGGUCUCAGUGCUAUUACGCGUACUUGACCGGAGUGUGUCAGGGAGCCUCGGGCGACCUGGACGGCGCCAGCGGUGUCUUCAAAGAUGUGCAGAAGCUGUUCAAAAGGAAGAACAACCAGAUCGAGCAGUUUGCUGUCAAACGGGCUGAGCGUUUGAGGAAGAUCUCUCCCAGCAGAGAGCUCUGCAUUUUGGGUGUCAUUGAGGUGCUGUACCUGUGGAAAGCACUUCCCAACUGCUCCUCAUCCAAGCUGCAGGUCAUGAACCAAGUGUUGCAGCGUCUCGACGAGGCUUCUUGCCGCGGCCUGAAACAUCUCCUGCUGGGCGCCGUCCACAAGUGUCACGGCAACACCAGAGAUGCCGUCCAGUCCUUCCAGAUGGCGGCCAGAGACGAGUACGGGCGUCACACAAAUUCGUAUGUUCAGCCAUACGCCGUCUACGAGCUGGGCUGCACGCUGCUCGCCAAACCCGAGACAGUGGGUAAGGGCAGAUCGUUCCUUCUUCAAGCAAAGGAGGAUUUCACGGGCUACGACUUUGAGAACAGGCUUCACGUGCGCAUCCAUUCGGCGUUAGCCUCUCUGAAGGAACUAGUGCCUCAGUGACUCCGGAGGGGAAACCUUUUUACACCAUCUUGUAACCCGCUGACCGGGACUCUUAAGGAGAACCUCCAGACCCGAUGUAAACGAUUCUGGGGGAAAAAAUACACUCGUUUACGUAGUGUACGAUUUUAAGAUGUCGGGUGCCGGAUGCAGGAAAAUUAAGUCUGCGCGGAUAUUUGUCCCACUUGCCACAAAUGGUGCCACGUUUUGACAGGAUUUUUCUCUGUGUAAAAAUACGUUCACCCGCAGUAUGAUUUAGCAAAUCACAAGAUAUUUGUCACAGAUAUUUGUCCCAUCAAAUAGGAUUUUAACUGAAUUUUUGUCACACACAACAGUUUUUUUAAAAUAGUUUUAACAACAUUUUUGUCUGUGUAAACACGCAUUCGCCGACUGUAAAAUUUGCUUUCGCUAAUCACUAGCACCGACAGUGUACAACAAUAAGACAUAAGGUGCCUAAUGCAGGAAAUUUAAGUCACCGCAUACACAGAUUUGUCCCAUUCGCAACAAAUGUCUACAUGCAGCGUCUUUUAAAAACAGUUUUAACAAAAUCUUUGUCAGUGUAAAAUUUUUAAGUAUGAGUCAGCCUAUCUGGUGCUGCCUUUAUUUCUGUUUACUACAUGCCAUUGUCCAGUAAAAAACAGAUACUGUAUCUCCAGUUUCUUUGUGUUUUUUUCCUUUCAUUUGGUGCAUGAAGAAUUGUUUUUAUUUGUAUUAUUUUGUUUUUUGGCUAAAAAAAAUUUCUACUUGUGAAAUUUGGAGUUUGUUUGUCGGACAGCGACGAUAUGCUAGUAUAUUUAAAAUAAUCACGUUUGUCAUUGAGAGAUGUGGAAUAUGUCUGUUUAAUUACAAUCAUUCAUGUAUCAUAAGGGUAGGUUUGAUUUACGACGCACAAUCGUAACCUUAUUAAAUAACAAAUGCCACCGUUGAAGAAAAUGCGUGGGCGAAGGCCAAAAUGUAUUGAAAAUUAUUAUUAUUAUUUUUUAAAAUCCCUGUUUGUGGCGAGCCAAGACUGCCUUCAUAAAAAAAAUUAUUAAACCCUAAGAUGUCAUAAUUUCAACACAAACGAAGCCAAAGUGUUUUUGUUGCCAGAAGCUAACAAGCUAGCUAGCUGAGUCCGCAAUGUUUCGCGGUCAGCUCGCUAAUUUGAUUCAGCUAACUGAUUCAAUUAACUCAAACUGAAUCACUCGAGGGCACGGUGUUUCCGAUGAGUCUGCUUACUUGAGUCAGUGAAUCAAUACGACCGAAUCACCCGAGUCCGCUGACUGGAGUCAGUCAACCAAUACAACUGAAUAAAUGGAGUCCGAUACAACCAACAGAGGACUCAUUGGAUCCGGUUUAAUGGAGACCUCAGACUGGAGAUUUUUGAUACAGUCCUAAGUUUUUGACUCAUGAACACUGUAUUUUAUUUGAUCGUGCUCUAUGCAUGACACAGCAGGUACAUGAAAGUGACUCUUCCGUCCUAAACGUACCGCGUGUCCAAAUAAAGCAAAUCUGAAUUGAAAGGUGCUGGUAAAUAAUCUUUAAUUUGCAUAGUCUCUUGAUGGCGAUCAUUGCCACUGACUUAAACCAAGUGUCAUCCUGAACUCUUGCGCAUCUACUUUAAUUAAACUCAAAUUUAAAAAAAAUAAAAAAUUAAAAAAAAAAGCCAUUUUAGUGAGGCUAAUGUAAGAAAUUGUGUUAUUUAUUGUGUUUGUUUUUCCUCCCCUCUUUGUCGUGUGAUGAACGUGGAGGUGUGCGAGUGUUCCGUGUGUCCAGUAACGUUUACAUCUACAUUUGAGUCCAAAUGUCACAAAAAUCCUACAAUAAACUCUUUUCCCUCAAUCCGGACAA